GUCACCGUAUCGGCUGUCUGUCCACUCCGCGACUGACAUCCCGUAUUUUUCUUCUUAAGCUACGCCGAUCCCCAAUUCCCCAGACUGCCCUCUCUCUCUUCUUCCUCUUCUCUUCUCUCACUCUUGUCCUGCCUUCAUCAUCUCCCUCCGAUGAUCGAUUCUCUCUUCCGCUUCAUCUCGCGUCCUGUUCCUAUAUCUUACCAUCCCGUCUGAGUUCUCUUCUGCUUCCUGCAAAUCCUUCUCCAUGACCACGGUCAUCGAAAACCAGAACCGUCAAUACGGCGGCAUGGCCUUCGACAAUGUCUACCACCAUAACAUCCCCCAUCAUAAUCCUCACUUCACAGAUCCGUGGACUGCUGCUCACACAUCCGCACACACGCCCUCUUCCAUCUACGCAACCUCCAUCAGCUCCAACCAGCUGGCCAUGAACCCCGUCAAGCACGAAGAAGUCUCGCGACCGACCGCUAUGUCCAUGCCGUACCCCAGCAUCUCCGUGUCCGCGCCGUCUUUGGUUCCGGGUGCCAGCUACCCAACCGCCGGUUACGAGAGUCCCGAAGUCAUGGGUAUGCCGCACGGCAUCCCUCGAACCACCUUUGAACAAGCUCCCGCCUAUCCGGCCUCGUCCAUCGCCAAUUUCCCCCCAAGCCACGCGCCACUGAACUACUCGCAGUCUCUGCACCCUCAAUCGCAGGAGGCCCGCCGGAUGUCCAAUCCCGAUGCUCGAGCCAGCCAACCACAAGCUCCAUUGGCUCCGACAUUUGGUGACGCACUGGAUGCGAGUCGUGGCAUGGUCGCUCUGAGCCAGGACCUGACUCCUCGAAACCUCUAUCCCCGCAAUUCUCAGGGUUCCGCCGAUUCGUAUGGCUUCCCGUCUGCUCACUCCUCUGCUUCGUCUGCGUCCUCGGGGGCAAGCUACCCUUACUACAGCGCUUCAGUGGGUUCUGUGGAGUCUUCCGUAACGGAUUACAGCUCUGCGUCCGAAUCCUACGACAACCUCACUUCGAGGACUCUACCACGUCCACCAAGCCUUCUGGCUGCCAGUACCCCGCCAGCGCCACAGGCCAUGAUGGCUCGGUUCAGCUCGAAGAUGCCAUCCAACACGCAAAAGAAGCACAAGUGCAAGGUGUGCGACAAGCGGUUUACGCGUCCUUCGUCUUUGCAAACGCACAUGUAUAGCCACACGGGUGAAAAACGUGAGUCUCUCAACAACAACAAUGACGACCUCUGUCGUAGUGCGAGACGCUAACAGGUUCGCGAUCACAGCAUUCAAAUGCGAAGUAGAAGGUUGCGGCCGUCAUUUCUCAGUCGUAUCCAAUUUACGUCGACACCAGAAGGUCCACAAGACCGGCCGGGAAAAUGCCUCUGGUGAGGACGAAUAAUUUACGUUAUCAAGCCGAUGGCAUAAUACGUUUCGAAUUUUUUUUUUUUUUUUUUUUUUGUUUUUCAUCGGGUUUCUCACCUACUUCCUUGCCUUUGAUCUCGGUCGCACGUUCGUUUUAUUGCUGUUGUCGUUCUGUUCGGAUGGUCGAUUCAGGAUAUUCACCGAUACGCCCGGAAGGGCGCACAUUUGGUGUCUUAUUACAUACGAUCCGAUUUUUUCCCUUUCCCCCCUUGCUCGGCUUCGUGUUCUUGUACAACAGUUUCCGUGUUUUCUCCCGUUUUUAACUUUUUUUUUUUCUUUCAUCUUUGUUGAUUGGGCAGAGGAGUUGAUACCCAACCGGUUUUUGUCACGGAUGCACUGCGAGGGCUAAAAAGGGGAUUUCCUAUUGAUCCUUUCCUUAUAAUUAUUAACGACUACAUAUAGAGGGGGCCGGUUGUUUUAUUUGUUUUCUGCAUAUUCGUUCGCUGAUACAAGGGAUCCCCUUUCUUAUUUGGCUUUUCCUGCCUUGUUUUGUGGAAUAUAUUUUCAACAUACAUGCUUGUCUGUUUAUCUGUUUAAUGAUGUUAUUGUCGGAUACCAUCUGGGUUGUUAUAAGUGCGGGUUGUGUUAUGUUUUCUGUCUGAUUGUGGCAUGCAUUUAUUUUUAUUUGGUGGAAAAAUCUUCAACGAGGGUCUCCGCCUUUUAUGGUUCUUGUUGGCAGUUACCCAUCUUCACUUUCAUUCCGUCUCUUUUUCUUGUUUUCUCUUCUGGUUCUGGGAAAGAUAUGGGAGCGGCCAACAUAGAAUGGACUAACAUAACAUUAACAUAUCAUAUACAUUGUGUAUAAUUUGUGAAGUUUGAACAGGCUCAGAGACCCGGAAAAUGGACCUCGGAACUGUCGCUACCUUCAUUUAUUAUAUUAUCUAAUGCUUAUACAAAAUGAAUCAAGC